GAUUGACAAUAGCUCUGUGACGGUGUACUACGGAGAGAUCUGAUCAUUAGGGCUUCAGGCUUCAAACUUCGUUUUUCAUCCGCCAUGGCUAUGCAAUUAGGAUUAUCGAGGAUUAUCUUCAUAGUGGGAGCAAGUUAUACUGGAACUAUACUGGUUAAGAACGGUAAAUUAUCGGAUGUGUUGGGUGAGCUGCAGAAUUUGCUUAAAGGCGCAGACAAAAAUGGGGAAUUGGAUGGAGACUCUGAUGCUGUUGCUAGCCAGCUUCGUCGUUUAGAAAUGGAGUUCCGCAAACUGGCCUCAAACAGGCAGAUUACAGUUCUACAUGGGAAUUCAGGCCAAAGUUAGUAUCUUCCACUAACGCAUCCUUUUGUUUUGAUAUCCUUUUGAUUUUGUAUCUUUAAAUUGCAGGGUCUUUCAUUUUCAGACCUGAUGUACGUAACAAAGCAAAACAUGGCAAAUGCUGUUGCAAACCUGACAAAGCAUUUAGAUCAUGUAUCUGAGGCUCUUGCUGCAACAAAACGGCAUUUGACACAGAGAAUAGAGAAUUUGGAUGGUAAACUCGACGAACAAGUUGAAAUCUCAAGGUUAAUUCGGAAUGAGGUUAAUGAUGUUCGUGGUGAUGUCUCCCAAAUUGACUUCGACUUGAACGAGUUGCAGAGGAUGGUUUCUGGUUUGGUGGGUGAUUUCACGAUGCAUUUCAUAUCUAAGAACUUAGUCACCCUUACUGAUAUCAUCCAACAAGCUGCUAUGUGAUUCAUUAUAUAUUUAUUUAUUUCAGUGUUUAAUAAUUGCUGUUAUUAGCUCUUAUUAAUCGAUGAGUUUAAUAAAACUGGUUCUAAGAUGUUUUAGAUGUGUCAUUUUGCUCAUGAGUUCUUCACUUGCUUUUGACAUAGUCCUGAUGUAUGUGCCUGUGCCUGUGCCAUUAUUCACCUCAAGAUAGCUGAUCUCUAGAUAUGAUUUGUUUUUCACAAUUAUUCAUAUAUAAUCUUUGCUGUGUAUAUAACAAUCAAUAAUGUAAAAUUUACUUGUUGCCUCGUGGGGACCUCACAAUUUUAGGACUUCCUACUGUUCUUGCUAUAGUUAUCUUAAUAUUAUGAUUAGAAGAAUGUCUUCAAUUGCAAGCCUCUCUACAUUGUGGAUGUCUAGGUUAUAUAUUAUUCAUCUACCAUGCAUAGGCUGUUUGAUGACUCUGUAUAGUCACAUAACGAGAAUGUAGUUGCUGAUAUACAUCCUAUAUAAUGAGAGAUGAACAGUAAAGUCUACCAUCAUGAGUGAUAAAGUUUGUUUGUGCAUAUGUCAGAUGUUCUAAUGCAUUGGUUUUGAUGAUAAUUCAUGAGUUGACUGAGAUCCGUCUGGUUGGGACAGACAAAUGAUGUAGUGAACGAAAAAAAGGGAGAAUGAAAUUGCUUACGGAAUUUGAAUCAUCGCAGACUUAUAUUAUUAAGUAAAGAUGUUAGAUGCAAGAAAUAUUUGAUGACUUCUACUUGGUAUUGUCAUUAUGGCUAAAUGAGAGCUGUUGAAGAAUCUUCAAGUCAGUAGACUUGGGAUUUGUAAACGAAGUACUUUGAUAUUUUAUUUGACUAGCAUUCUUGUAUUGUAAUCUUUGAUCUUCAGCUCAGAUCUGGAAUUUCCAUGUGAGAUCCCAGAAAACUUCUAUAGGCUAAUUCUGUUACUUCCAUUGUUUCUUUUGUGAUCCAAGCAACUCAAAAGGUUGCUUCCUCAAAUUUAUUUGUCUUCUUAUUUCUGUGAUGCCAUUUGCUUGCAUCAUAGUGUUGAUGUGCUAAUGAAAAUGUACGCUUAAGUAUGCAUGGAAAUUUCUUCUUUAAUACACAACCUGUCACUGUAUUUACAGUUCUAUGUUGUAUAUCACCACAUUAAUUCCCUUUCCGCCAUCUGAUCUGGAAUUUGCAUCUGCAGGAUGGGAAGCUACUAUCACUAGAAAGCAAGCAGGAGCUUGCGAAUGCUGGGGUAAUGUACCUUUGUAACAUUGUUAAUGGAAGAAAGGUCAAGAUGCCUGAAAUGCUUCAGGAUCAAUUUAAAGUUGGUGGAAACUCAACACCAGCUCUAAUGGGCCUCAAGGAGAUUGCUGACUCUCUGGCCUCUGGAAAUAAAUUAUUAACUAAUGGAAAUUCACACGAUGAUUCUGGAAAGUUGAACAAGACAACCUUGAUGAGGACGGCUUCAAACAAGUGUUGACAGUAAGAUUCUCUGUGCAAUAAACAAGGGAAUUAUGUAACUUCACUAUUUCCCUUGAAAUAGAAUAAUUGGUGCAAUCCCAUUUUUUUUUUUUUUUUUUU